AUGACUCUCUUUUCGUAUUUCACCAGGAACCUCUCCUCUCGUUUCAAUCUGAACGGGGGUAAUGGGCAGGAGCUCGAGGAUCGCAAUGCUGGCUCAAACCAGUCUGCUCGCUCCCAGCAGAUAAUCACAGACAUCACUGAGGGAAACGCGCCAUGUUCAAUCUGUACAGAUUCCGUAGGUUUCGGAUAUGACACCCCUUACAAUAUCUGGCACUGCAAAGUAUGCUACAACGUGUACCAUUACCAUUGUGCCAAGGCUUGGGAGACUCAGAACAUUUCCGGUGGCCACUUUUCAUUGUCCGGCGUGCCAACUUGGAAAUGUCCUACUUGCUCCUCCCUACAAACAGCAAUUCCAGGACCACGCUGUUGGUGCGGCAGACAGGAGCACCAUCUUAGUGCCGCUGGUCGCCCAAAUGCUUGUGAUAACGUGUGCGCCAGAGCCGGAGCGUGCGCGCAUAAUACAAGAAAGCGUUGUGCGGAGCGGUGUCAUCCAGGGCCUUGCAGGUAUCCUUGCACUAAUGAAUGUCCACAAGGACCGAUCGCCCCUCCAAGACCGCCAACUGCUUGGGACAGAUUCUGCAAGAGAGUCCACGAGCGCAGGUCGGGAACUUUGAAGAUAAUGGCUUGGGGAUGGACAGUUGUGGCCAUUGUAUAUGGUCUUCUUGGUGCAUUGCUUCAUUUUCAUAUCCGCUGGCACACGAUGCCAUACACCUACCCCAACUUCAACAACCUUUACGAGACAUUUGGUCUGCUUCUUGGUCUAACGUUCGUUUAUGCCCCUUUGAUGGGAUAUUUUCUCCUUGCCCUAUUCCGCGUCACAGCCGAGUUCUUGGACUCCGCCUUGAACCUGAAGACCGCUUCUCGUCGACUAAUGUACAAGACGUUUGUCCGCUUCUUUGGUGGCAUACUGUUGGCAGCUUUCUUCGGUUUAGUACUCCUUCUUCCGGCCAUCGGAUUCGCCAGAGGGCCAGGCAUUGGUUGGUACAACCAGAUGAAAGAUUCCUGCAAUGGCUUCGACACGAGAAUUGUUAUGGAUCGAAAACCAGGAGUUCCUGCCACCGCUUUUGCUCUGGAGAAUAUUCAUGCCAAUCCAGAUGACAACUACCUUGGCCUGUUCCUCGGGACGCACCUCAAGCCAACACCAGAAAGCAGAAAUUCAACCUUCCAAUACUACAACCGUCUAUCUGGGAUGGUGGCUGGGCAAGUCUUCGCUGUCGACGUUGAUAUAGAGAAUGAAGUCUGGCGAUUUCUCCACCUGAAUGGCUCGGACAAAGUUAACUCCUGGCUUGCACACUACUCAAAGGGCCUCUACAGCAACGGAGACCUUCGAAAAGUCCCCAAAUUCAUAUUCCCAAACGAAACAAUCCUGAGCAAAGGCACUUUCUCUCUCCCACGAGCUGACAAACCUCAUAUGGAGAUCCCCCAACUGGACAUGGUCAUCAUGGACAUGUAUGAUUUCCUCAGCAAUCCUGACAUCGAACCCUUCCUCAGGGUCCUCACCUACCGGGGUUUCGAGAUGGCCGAUGCCGAGCAGAUGAGAGUCGAGUAUGCGAUUGGCGGCAAACAAUCGUCCAAGAAUGUGUGGACGAAAAAGCCUCAUAUUCAGGAGGUCAUGCGAACUGCUGCGUUUGGCUAUGGGAGAAAAAGCUUGACCAUGUGCGUACGCGAGUACGUUGGGUACCAUAACAUGGAGCCUGUUGCCCCGGAAUUACCUGGUAUGCAGCCGGCGGAGCUGAUACCGUUCGCUAUCAUCUCUGCAAUGAGACAGAGGUAUACUGAGACUGGCAAAAGAAGGGAAUGGUACUAUGGGCGAUGA